AUAGACUUUUUCCUAAAAAGAUCAGUUUUAACAAUUAUACGAGGCGUUAUCUUAAAUUUUUCUUUUAUCAAUGCAGUGAGAAAAAGGUGCCAUUUUUAGAUUAAAAUUGACGUGAAAUCGACAAGAGCAUAUAAAAUUAGAGAUUCAUGGUUUCCAAGAAACGUGUGUAUGAUGUUACCGUUCGUACCCUUCGGAGGAUAUACGAUUUUAUGAGGCGUUUUCACUUGCUAUAUGUGUUCCCAUGUUACGGCAAAGUCUUGGGCAAUGUGCUCUGUGUUCUUGAAGGAUUUAAUAAUAAUAAUAAGAGCGCUAAAAUGGUGUCUAUAAAGAAACUCGGAAUCGGCGGUGGAUGUAUGUUUUUCUUCGGCAUUGUAACGUGGUGUGGAUUUCCUUCACUAAUUAGGUCUCAAAUCAAGAAGGCUAUCAUGUUGAAACCAGGCAGUGAAAUACGCGACAUGUGGUCGAAUUUUCCGUUGCCAUUGGAUUUUAAAAUCUAUUUGUUCAACGUGACUAACCCUGAUGAGGUUGUACAGGGUCAAAAGCCAAAACUACAAGAAGUCGGACCAUUCUUUUAUGAUGAGUACAAGGUGAAAAUAGAUCUCAUCGAUCGAGAGGAUGAGGAUAGCGUCGAAUAUAGCAUAAAAGCUACAUGGUUUUUCAAUCCCAAGAAAAGCCACGGAUUGACGGGCAACGAGGACAUGGUGGUUCCUCAUCUAAUGAUUCUGAGCAUGGCGUUGAUGACCCUGAAGGAGAAGCCUGCUGCAAUGCCAAUUAUUGGCAAAGCGGUCGACAGUAUCUUCCACAAACCAGACUCAAUAUUCGUAAAAGCCAAAGCCAAGGACAUACUUUUCGAUGGUCUGCCAGUCGACUGCACAGUGUCGGACUUCGCUGGAUCGGCAGCAUGCAAUGUGCUGAAGACGGAAGCGAAGGAUCUUGUGCCGGACGGGGAAAAUCGAUACAAGUUCUCUCUCUUCGGUGGGAAAAACGGGAGCGUCCUACCGCAACGUAUGAAAGUUUUGCGUGGUAUUAAAAAUUACAAAGACGUCGGUCGUGUCUUGGAAUGGGAUGGUAAGCCUGCGUUGGAUAUUUGGCCGGAAGAUCAUUGUAAUCAAUACAACGGUACCGAUUCAACGAUCUUCCCACCUCUAUUCGGGCCAGACGACGACAUUGUCUCAUUCGGUUACGAAAUCUGUCGAUCUGUCAGCGCGCAUUAUCGUUAUCAUAGCAGAAUCAAAGGUCUCAAUACUCUUCAUUAUACGGCGGACCUCGGAGAUAUGAGCAAGAAUCCUGAAGAAAAAUGUUUCUGCCCGACACCGGAUACUUGUCUAACGAGAAAUCUCUAUGAUUUGUCGAAGUGUAUAGGUGCACCUAUCAUUGGAUCGCUUCCACACUUUUACGAUUCCGAGCCAAAUUGGUUGGAUUUGGUGGAUGGUUUGCAUCCGACUCAGGAGGAUCAUGAAAUGGAUAUGGAUUUCGAACCGAUGACAGCUACGCCGAUACGCGCGCAUAAGCGAUUGCAGUUCAACAUGUUCGUACAACCGAUUCCGAAGUUCAAAUUGAUGAAAAAUUUCCCAGAGGCAUUGUUGCCGCUAUUUUGGGUGGAAGAAGGAAUAUUACUCGAUGACGAAUUUGUUAAUAAGGUCAAGGUGGUAUUCAAGGCGACAGCAGUUGUCAAUUUUCUGAAAUACGUGAUGGUAUUUGGCGGGAUAGGCAUGUGCAUUGCAGCCGGUGGGUUGUAUUACAAGAAUCGCAAAGAAAAUAGUGGCAAGUUAGAUAUCACGAAGGUCACACCGAAAAGCGGCAAUACAGAAAAAAGUUGGAAUACCAUGAAUAUCAGUACGAUACAGGCGGCGACGGUGCCUGCCAAUCUUGACAAAAAUUGAACACUAUUAACGAAAGGCUAAUAUCAAUUUUAACAUCGAGAAAGAAAUCCCUUCACAGCUCUAAAUAUUUUUUUAAUUAGAAUUAUUUUUAAAAUAUAUAAUAAGAGGUAUAAAUGAAUAGGCUUUCUUAAAAGACGAUCGAUAAAAAGUCAUUAGAGCUGAUAUAGGGAGAAAUAGAGAAUUUAAUCUCCAUUAAAAUAAUAAGAGGAUUGAAUAUUGCAACGUUAGAUGUAAUAUUUUGAUGAUGUGAUUAGGAAGGUUGGAAAAGCAUAUAUUAUUCUAAAACUAAUUGCUUAACCAUCUAUUAAAUGAUAGAUAAAUAAUAAAGUUUUUAAAGAAAAUUGAACUUAAGUGAAUAAGGAUCGUAUAGAUAAGGUUUAUUUCUUAUAUGUAACAUAUUUAAA